AUGAGGGUCGGGGAAACCCUCCGGAGUUAUGCGAGCCGGUAUUGGGAACUCUACAAUGAGAUUGGUGGAGGAAAUGAGAAGAUUGCGGCAAUCACCUUCAGGAUGGGGCUCCCCGAAGACUCUGAAUUACGGGAGUCAUUAACGAAAAGACCUCCUGAGGAUAUGAGGCAGCUCAUGAGGUGCAUUGAGGAGUACAAACGCCUAGAGGAUGAUCGGCUGCAGAACAGGGGGAAAGCACCGUUACUCGGGAGAUCUCGGCAGGGCGUUGUGCCGACAAGACCAAAAAAAGACUUCAGGAUGCAGGAACCAAGGGCGCAAGUUAAAGGAGUUAAUGUGGCGUUCAAAGUGCCUGUGCAUAAAAUCUUAGACCAUAUCAAGAACGAAUCAUUCUUCAGGUGGCCGAACAAAAUGGGAGGGGAUCCAUCUUGGAGGAACCAGAACCUAUACUGCACAUACCAUAGAGAUAAAGGGCACACCACCGAGCAGUGUCGGGUACUAAAAGAUCAUCUCGGGUAG